AUGUCGGAAGCUGUGUUCAACAAAGAUCGCCAUAUCACCUAUUUCCUGCGAUGUCUCAAAACUUUCCUGCCGAGUCUAUAUACUUCCAAUGACUCGAAUCGCAUGCUCCUCGCCUUCUUCACAGUCUCUGGUCUAGAUGUUCUGGGCGCUCUGCGGGCCAAAACAACCCCGGAGGAGAGGCAAGGGUACAUCGAUUGGAUAUACCAUUGCCAGGUUCCCUCAGGCGGCUUCCGAGGGUUUACAGGAACAGAUUUUGGAACAGAGAACCGAACACGAGAAAAUGAAGCCUGGGACCCGGCAAAUGUGCCUUCAACAUUCUUUGCGCUGGUCAUUCUCCUCAUUCUUGGGGAUGACCUAUCUCGGGUUAAGCGGACCGAGUGUUUGAACUGGCUUCCCAAGAUGCAGCGUCCGAAUGGAAGCUUUGGCGAAGUACUUGGUCCCGAAGACCAAAUUGAAGGUGGCGGUGACUUGCGUUUUUGCUGCUUCGCUGCCGGUACAAGAUAUAUACUCAAGGGGAAGAGGGACGUCGAUUUAAAUGGCGUCGAAGAUAUAAAUGUGGAUAGCCUGGUUACUUUCAUUGAGUCCUGUCAGGCAUACGACGGUGGAAUGGCGGAGGGGCCACAUUGUGAAUCACACUCUGGGCAUACAUACUGCGCGAUUAACACUUUGACAUUUUUGGAUCGCCUAUCCAGCUGUUCGGGGCAGGUGCCUCUCAUUACAUCUGGCUCUGAACAGUUCGAAUCCCUUGUCCGCUGGCUCGUCGCAAGGCAGACGGCGGAACUAGGUGACGAAGACGAGGAAGAUGAAGAAGAUCCAUCCAACACGGAAAACCCAGCGGAUAGCAAUGUCCAAGAUUUAUCAGACGCUGUACAUGGUCUCAGCCUAGACAAGAGCAUUGAUAUGCUCCCUAGUAUCCUAGCGCCUAUUGAAGGCUCUUUGCAAUGGGCUGGCUUCAACGGGCGGAGUAACAAAUACGCAGACACUUGCUAUUCAUUUUGGAAUUCAGCAACUUUGGAGAUGUUAGGCAAACUCCCCAUGGUUGACGCAGACCGAAAUAGACGAUAUCUGUUAGAAAAGACACAGCAUUUUGUUGGAGGUUUUGGAAAAGGCGUUGGGGAAUUACCAGCAGAUCUCCUACACUCUUAUUUUGGGAUGGUCUCACUCGCCUUCCAAAGUGAACAAGGGUUGGACAGUGUUGAUCCUGCGCUUUGUGCUACGCAUCGAACGAUCCAACACUUGCACACUCUGCCGUGGUGGCAGGAAGUGGAAUAA